CUGAUAAACACCCAUAGGUCGUGUGUGCUCGUUAUGUCGGAUUUUUUUUUAAAAUUCAGAAUGAAAAAUGUGUAGCAUCAUAUCAGUCAACCAUGAAAUUACACCAGAUAGUGGAGAGUUGUGUGCUGCGGGACAAAUUUGCGAAAUUUCACGCCAUUUAUUCAAGGGCGGGAUCAAUAGUUCGAAUGCGUUGGCCCCUGGUAAGCUGGUAAUUUGCCGGUUCGAUAAUGAUAGGCGAUUUCUAUGCAAACUGUUUGCUCCCCCGGGAAGAUAUGAAGGGACAAAUACAAUUUGCUUCGUCGCUGAAAGUGUAGAACUGUUUGACGAUGCUACUGUGAGGAUAGAAGAUUUAAAUCAGAUUCCAAAAGUGAAAGAGUUGUCGUUGGUGAACGAGGAACUAUGCUACUUUACGAAAGUAGUAAUCAAUUUGACUGUUGACUGUUCGAAAUUUGAGUUGGAGCUGAUAAAGGAUAAGGCAGCACUCCUCGAACUUGUGAGGGACCUGAUUCGGCCAUUCAUUUUCUGUGAACGGUGUGUGAUUAAGCUAGAUGAUCAGGAAAAUUCAAAUUACGGAAUUGUUAGCGCGGAAAUAACAAAAACUUCCGAACGACGCCAAUAUGGUCAAAUUGAAACGGACGCAAUAGUUGAAAUCGAUAAGAUCAAUUUUCAUGGCUCGAAAACAGUCAAUCGCAAGAAACUAGGAGGAUUAGCUGAUCAACGUCAAGCUUUUCGAAGGUAUUUAAAUGUAAACAACAAUGAAAAUAUUCUGCUGGCGGGACCACCGGGAUCAGGAAAGUACUCAUUAGCGACGCAACUGGUGGCAUGUGGAAAUUUUCCUAUAUUCGAGAUUCGAGGACUGGAUUUCAUUAAAUCCUAUCCGGGAGAAACAGAGUUGGAAUUGCGAAAAACAUUUGAACGUUUAACUCACUUCAAUAGGGUAUUCGAAAGGACCGAAAAAUCAAUCCUUCUGGUGAAGGAUGUUGACAUGCUUUGCCCCAAGUUAGACCGAAGUAGGAAAGGCGAAGAUGUUGCCAACAUAACACGAAUUUCCUCUCAAUUUACUGCCUUGAUGGAUUGUUACUACAAGUCCGCGUGUGGAAUUCUUGUUGUUGGAACAACUUCCAAUAUUGAGAGCCUGGAUACGAAAGUUCGGCGUCCGGGACGGUUUGGGAUUGAGAUUUCCAUUCGAAUGCCAUCGGAACUACAACGCAGGGAGAUUGUAGAGGCUGUCGGUGCGCAACAAGGCGGAUGGGUUUUGGAAGAAGGAAUCAUGGAUGAAAUCGUUAGGCGAACUGCGGGAUAUGUCGGAGCGGAUUUGGAGUUACUCGUGCAUAGCAUCCAGCGGAUGAUAAGCCAACAUGUAAACCAAGAUAUCGUGACCGUUGUAGACGAAUCGAUAAAGAAAACGCGCCCUUCUUCGCUACGAAAUUCGAUCGGUUUAAUCAGUGACUUGAGUCAAACUUUAGAUUCCGUAGGAGGAAUGGAACAGUUGAAAAAGACGCUCAGAGUAUCAGUGCUUGGACCUUUGAAACGCCCGGAAUCCUUUCUACGCUUCGGGAUGAGUCCGCUGAAGGGAAUUCUGCUGUAUGGUCCACCGGGAUGCGCAAAGACUACGAUUGCCAAAUGCUUGGCGGCCGAGGCGAGAAUGACCUUCGUUUCGGUGUCCGCAGCGGAGGUUUAUUCGCCUUACGUCGGAGAUUCCGAGAAGCUGAUCACUAAGUUGUUCAAUCAGGCUCGCAUGAGUGCUCCGGCGGUUAUAUUUCUGGAUGAAAUUGAUUCUCUGGUUGGGAAUAGAAGUAUGCAGGGAGUUCAAUCGAACGAUGUUCACAUACGAGUACUUUCCACGUUGUUGACGGAAAUGGAUGGGAUUGGCAUUAGCGUCCAAUCGUCGCUCGGAAGCAGUGAGGAUUCCAAAAAUAUUUUGGUUAUAGCUGCUACGAAUCGGCCGGAUAUGAUCGAUGAUGCGCUUUUGCGACCUGGACGUUUGACUAAAUUGAUUCACGUUUCGGCCCCUGAUUCAACCACGAGGUUGGAGAUUUUGAGAAAAGUAUCCGAGAAGAUUCCUCUCGCGGAUGACGUUUGUCUACAAGAACUGGCUCGACUAACCGAACGAUACUCCGGAGCUGAUCUGCAGAAUCUAUGCGCUCAGGCCGCCCUUUACGCUGCUGCGUUGGACGAAAACGUGCAACAGGUGUCAAUGGCCCAUUUCAAUCACGCAUUGCAGAAGAAUCGACCAUCACUAACAAGCUCACAAAUCGAGUGGUAUGCGCAGUACGAAGCAAAGCAUAAAUUUGUAUGAAGUAAACCAUAAAAAAAAAA